AUGAGUGAAUUAUCGAAAGCCAAACUGGUUUCAGUUGACAGAAAUAAAACUCAAAAUGGAAAGGGUAACUCAAUUAAAAAAAUCAACAGAAAAGUAUCUGAAAAACAAAUAGAUGAUAUUGGAAAACUAUCGGUGAACGUUGGGAACACCCAUACAAUCAAUGCAGCCACGGAAGUGAAACCCGAAGUUCAACAGAGAGCAGUGCAUCCCCCCAAAAAGGCUGUUAAAAAAUUGAUCAAGCAAUCGGUCGUUAAGUCACCGACACAAAAACCAUCUACAAAAAAAAACCUGUCUAAAAAACAACAACCGUUAGUCAAAAUUCAAAAGUCUCUGGGGGCGAGAAACCCAAAUUUCACAACUAUAAAUAAAGUUGAAACAAAAAGGACGAAGUCAGAGAAACGUGUUCUAAAAUCAAUUCCGAUGAUUGUUACGUUGCCAAGAGACACAACAUCACGUCAGGCGGACAGAACGACAAAAACCAAUCCAGCUGAAAAAAAGCUAGUAAAGGUCAAACGAGUGUUGAGAAAGAAACUUGUAUCAUCGGUGAAUGGGAAAACAACAAAACAAGAUACAGUUAACUCUAUGGCUGUAGAAAACGUAAUACCCAUCAGUAACACUAAAAAACUGCUCCCGGCAUUGACCAAACAAACAUGAAAAACUAUUAAAAAAUAUAUAUAAAUUACACUUCCAUUUUAAAGCGUUUAAAGUAGUCUAUACAAUUUAUUACAUAUUCAGACAAGAGUUACAAAAGGGCAUCAAUUUAAGUUUCCAACGCAUGAAUCUGUGUCCUCGCGCAGUAAGUGUAGGUAGUUAUGUUAUUACUUUCGAGAAUUGUU